AUGCAUGACGUGUUCAGGACGAAGAGCGGCGAAGAAAUCGAAAUUUACUGUUUCCUUUCGCCAUCGGGACGCUACGGAGUAUACAUCACACGUUCCGAGGUGCCAGCGUUUCGGCCGCUUGAGACUCACUUCUACUGCUAUCAUUUCACUGUUUGUGAUUUCAUCCACGACACCGUGAUCGAGUACGAUUCUGCUUGCGGUCCUUUAAAGGUCUCUUUUUCGUUUUACUUUAGUGAGUGA